GUGAUCAAUCGUUAUUUCUCCAUCUCUGUGGCGUAGGAGGCGUCUGUCAGACCCGUGGAGAGCUCUGUGCGUCCUCCCUCUAUCUGUGUCCAUCAGUCCGCGCUGAGGACAAAAUACUGUCUCCUGAAGUUUGGACACGUUAAACCGGUUUUCACUGAUCGAAGAGGACUCUCUUCCGCCGUCCCGGAAGGCUCCUCAAAUAUCGACUGAAAGGAAGUUAAAGCAAACAGCUGUUGUUAUUUCGGAGCCGAUCCAGCCGCCAUGGACGCGUUAAUGAAGGGUUUCUCCAAAGCCAAGGAUGGGGUCGUGGCAGCGGCGGAGAAAACCAAGCAGGGAGUGACGGGAGCGGCGGAGAUGACGAAGGACGGGGUUAUGUAUGUCGGUACUAAAACAAAGGAUGGAGUCUCCACAGUUGCUGGUAAAACUGUGUCUGGAGUGUCUCAUGUGGGCGGUGCUGUGGUUACCGGGGUUACGGCUGUGGCCCAGAAAACCGUGGAGGGAGCAGGAAAUAUUGCCGCUGCCACCGGACUGGUCAAGAAGGAUCCAGCCAAGCAAGGCGAUGAAGCCUCAGCAGUACCAAAUGUGGCAGAGUCACUGGUUGAUACGGAUUCUGCUGAGCCCACAGAGGAGGACAGCGAUGACUAACCAGCCUCAGAGCUCCAGAGAUCAGUGACCGAAACAUUCCAUGUCGCUCUGCCAAGUCCCGUCGUGCCUCGUUUUCUGGUCCGUUAUGGAGUCUGUGCUCGCUGUCUGUGUUUCUGUUUGUGCCGCUCGGUCUGUGUUUACAGUAUAAGUGUGUGUGUGUGGUUGUGUAUGCAUGUGUGUGUGUGUGUGUGUGUCCCUUGUCAGCGGUGUGGCUAUGUCAGUAACACAACCAUGGGAAAAUAUAACAAUCUACCAACACCUAAGUGUCUCUUUAUAAACAAACACAAACACUGAUGUUUGUACUGGAAGCAGAAUUAUCAUUAACUUUCUUUGUGUGUUUUUGUAAUAGACUGUAAGUGCUGAGUUUUUUUUUUGUGCGUCCAUAUUGUGUUUUUUACCCUGUAAACUACAAUUCAGCGUUACUGCUUUGUCAUGAAUUUAUUUGGAUUCAACCGUUGAAUAAAAUACGUUAAGAGUGGGUGAAAUAUA